AUGGUGAAUAUUGAUAAUGCUGCAAAUCCAAAUAUUACAACUGUUGAUGCUGAGGUGGGAAAUGCAAAGGUGAAUGGAAUGGAGGAUAUGGAAAAUGCUAGGAAUAUGGCUGUAAUGGAGCAGACAUUCAGUGCUGAUAAGAGUCCUGAUAUUGGAGCAUCUGUUGCUGAUAAACUGAUCACUGAUCCAGUUCCACAUGAGAUGAUCAAUGUGUGUAAUAUUGCAAAUGCUGUUUUGAUUCAUGAUGUUGUGGGUGUUGAGGUUGGGUCUCUUGAUAUUUCCCCAAUGGUUGUGAAUUGUGGAAAUCAAGAGGGUGAUGGCACUGAUAAUGUUGGCAUCAGUCUGGAAUCUCCUAUUCUGCCAGAUCAUGAAGAUUCUCUGAUUUUGGUGGAGUCUGAUUCUCAAAUUCUAGUUCAAAUGGUGAAAGGUUUGGCUAUUAUUCCAUGGAAGUUGCAAGAUCUGUUAAAGAGGAUUAAACUGUUAUUUGGUAUGAUGAAUUUGCAGAUUUCACACAUUUACAGAGAAGCUAAUGGAUUGGCUGAUUUUUUAGCUUCUUUUGCUGUUCAUUCAAAAACAUAUACUGAAUUCUCUGGCAGUAAUGUAUUGCCAGUGGCUGGAAGGUUAAUUCUGCAGCAAGACCAAACUGGUUUACCUAAUGCCAGAUUGAAAAGAAUACUUUAUUGGUUGCCCUCAGUUGGAAAUUGUGAAGAGUUUCAGCUGCUGGAGGAUGAAGUUUGGCAGCCUGUUGGAGAUCUGGAUUGGAAUUGCAUUUUUCCUGUUCAAGAACUUGGAAUUUUUGCAGUUCCUAAUGCUGAUCUGGAAGAGGAUGUUUACCAGAAAAAGAAGACUUACACUGAGUUUUCUGCAAAUAAUAUUCUGCCAUCCAUUGGAAGACUGAUAUUGCAACAAGAUUUAUAUGGCUUUCCCUCUGCCAGAUUGAAGAGUUUGAUAUGUGAUCAAAGAGAAGAAUCAAGAGCAGUUCUUCAGUUUCUGUUGGAUGCUCCUUUUCCAAUCUGCCUGGACUAUCUUCUGGACUUCUUUUGUGAGCUUUUGAGUGUGGAUGACCAGAUUAUUAAGGGGCUGAGACUUAUUAUUUGGGACAGACUGUUGGUCUUCCCUGUCUCUUCCUGGACUGUAUCUGAGGCUGUCUUCUGUGGCUUAAGGC